AUGUUGGUUCAUGAUUACGAACUCUUCUCAAUGAAAGAAGGAGAAUCUAUUAAAGAGAUAUUUGCCAGGUUCAACAAAAUAAUUAGCGAUCUAAAGGUAUUUGGCAAGCCAUAUACUAGAGGUGAUCAAGUUAGAAAAAUUCUGAGAAGCCUGCCAACCACUUGGCAAACCAAAGUAGUCACACUGGAAUCUCAGGAUCUAAACAAAUUAUCAUAUGAUGAACUACGAGGAGAACUCAUAACCUUUGAAAAGACGCAUCUCAAGAAGACUAGUCAAGAAGAAAAAAAGAAAAUAGUUGCAUUCAAGGCUUCAACUAAAAUAGCUGAAAACGAAAUUGAUGAUGAUCCUGAAGCUCUACAAGAAGAGAUUGCUAUGCUAUCGAGAAACAUGGAUGGCUUAAUGAGAAGAUUCAGAAAUACAAAGAAAAGAAGAAUUCCACCAAGACGAUCCAGGCAAUACAACAAACAAGACAAGAAUGGUGGAAAAUGCUAUGAGUGUGGAAGAUUUGGACACAUUCAAGCCGAGUGCCUAGAAGAUGCUAGACAGACGAGGACACUUCAGAUGACGAAAAUGAAAACUGUUUCAUGGUACGAGCUGAAACAAGUGAGUCACAGUUCUGUCAGGUCAAACCAGACGACUUACAGUUCAACCGAAAAAGGACCAUCCAGAACAAAGUCCACUAGUACUAAAACUAAUGAAAGACCUAAAGGAUGGGUUUUGAAACCAAAAAACAAUUCUGAAUCUAGCAAUAUUAACCCUCCAGGACCCAAGCAAGCUUGGGCGACAAAAACAUGUUCAAAGAAGUUACAAAAAUUGAUGGAGGAAGCGUCAAUUUUGGGGAUGACUCGAAAGGUUGAAAGAGAAAAGGGAUAUCUGAUCUCAACAAUUCAGAGUGAUCAUGGAGAAGAAUUUGAAAGUAGAGCAUUUGAAGAUUUCUGUAAUGGAAUUACUGCUGGUGAUGAAGAUCAAGAUCAAGAAAUUCAAGAGACAAGUAAAUCUAAAGAGUCAAAUGAUAUAUCUGCUACAAUAGAGUCAACUAAUGAAAUCAGCAGCAGUGUAUCGGAUCAUCCAAUCGAGUUGACUACUAAUGUAGUACGUCCAAAUGAAUGGAGAAGCGAUCCUGAAUAUCCUCAAAAAUUCAUCAUUGGGGAUCCAAAUGAAGGAAUAAAAACCAGAGGAGCUCUCAAAAAGAAAGAAAACGUUGCAUUAAUCUCUCAGGUUGAACCAAAGAAGAUAGAGGAAGCUCUAAAAGAUUCAAGUUGGGUUCAAGCAAUACAGGAAGAGUUAGAUCAGUUCGGUAAAAAUCAGGUGUGGAAUCUGAUACCCAAACCUGAAAAUGUUUCUGUAAUCGGAACAAAGUGGGUCUUCAAAAACAAAUUGAACGAGGAUGUAAAUGUCGUAAGGAAUAAAGCCAGACUAGUUGCUCAGAGAUACUCACAACAGGAAGGAGUCGACUAUGACGAAACCUUCGCUCCAGUAGCUCGCUUGGAAUCCAUACGAAUUCUUCUGGCAUACACAUAA